AUGAACUGCAUGUACAUUGAGGAGAUGCUCCGCAGGGCCGAGACGCCUCUCUUCUGGGUCGGCGCGUUCACUGUGGCCUCCCUGGCGCUGUGGCUGCUCUACAGGCUGCUCUCAGGCUUUAGGAUCUGGGUCUUGGGAAACGGGCAGCUGCUCUCUCCGAAGCUGGGCAAAUGGGCAGUUGUGACGGGAGCCACGGAUGGAAUCGGGAAAUCCUAUGCGGAGGAGCUUGCUCGUCGAGGAUUUGCCAUGAUGCUGAUCAGUCGCUCCCAGGAAAAGCUGGAUGACGUGGCCAGGUCACUUGAGGAUCAAUUUAAAGUGGAGACAAAGACCAUUGCAGUGGACUUCGGCAAGGCGGACAUCUACGACAAGAUUGAGGCGGGGCUGGCUGGUCUUGAGAUUGGUGUUCUUGUCAACAAUGUUGGUGUGUCCUACCCUUACCCUGAGUACUACCUCCAUAUUCCUGAUCUGAACAAUUUCAUCACAAACAUGAUCAACGUCAACAUUACCUCAGUGUGCCAGAUGACCCGUCUGGUGCUGCCCAGAAUGGUUGAGAGUAACAAAGGUGUCAUCCUGAACAUCUCAUCUGCCAGCGGCAUGUACCCCGUCCCCCUGCUUACUGUCUAUUCUUCCACAAAGGCCUUUGUGGAUUUCUUCUCUCGUGGCCUUCAGGAGGAGUACAGGCGUCAGGGCAUCAUCAUUCAGAGUGUGCUGCCUUUCUUCGUGGCCACCAAAAUGACUCGCAUCAGGAAGCCCACCCUGGACAAGCCCACCCCAGAGCGCUAUGUGGCAGCUGAGCUCACCACUGUGGGUCUGCAGAGCCAGACCAAUGGCUAUUUCCCCCACGCUGUCAUGGGUUGGGUGACCACCAAGCUGGUGCCAAGCAACCUGGUCAUCUUCUUCGGAGCCAGAAUGAACCGUCUGCAGCGCACUGGAUACCUGCAGAGGAGGAAGUUGCGAGAACAGAAGAACGGCACAUCUUUGAAGAGUGAUUAGAAAGAUGGCUGACGAAUCUGCAGGCAGCCACUCUGUUCUGACCCGGUGCAGCAUUUAAAACAAAGGAGAGCUUGUGUUAGUAUCUGAGUGGUUGGUCCUCCAGGGUUGCCUGAGAUUUCACAUUUGCGCCUUCGGUAAACGUGCUCAUCAAAGCAUGUGUAUGACUUUGUGUUUAAGACGGCAAACUCUGACCUGAUAUGAUUUUUCUGGAGAAAAAUAACCAAAGAAGGCAGGAGCUGAAAUGAUAAUAAAAUGCUGCUCUUGGUUAAGGACAUAAUUUUGUCACUGACACUGAUGGUGGAAAUACUACAACCAAAAAAUGAGUGAUUUGUUAACCCUGCUGUUGUAAGCAGUGGAAAAUGGUGGUGGGCAUUUUUUUUAAAUAUGCAGUAUAUAUAUUUGUAAAAUUAUUUAUUUUCUAUUUGUAUGAACACUUGAGCCAGCUCAGCUUCUGCAUUGCCCUGUUUACAAAUCACUGAGCCAUUUAAAGAUGGUAGUUUCUGCUUUCUUUCAUGUCAUCUUACUUGCGUUACUGAGCUGCUAUCAUCAUGCAUUGGCUCCUUCUUCCCUUUGUGUCUAUAUUGCCUGUUUUCAAUAUAUUUAAAAUGAUAAUUUGUGGAGGGUUUUGUUGCACCAAUUUAUCACUUGUUAUAAACCAAAGAUUGUCACACAGUUCUCAUUAACUGGCACAUUAAACACAAGUAACUUUAUACUGAAAUGAAUGCUGGAAAUGUGUCAGAUUCAAUGAGCUGGUGUUGACUGGUUAACAAUGUAUUAUGAAAGGAUGUAAUUCAGCUGGUGCCAUGUCCAUGUGACCAUGUCUCUCUUCUAUGCCUCUUUUAAUCAAAUGUAAACCUUUAACAGACGAAGGCAAACCUCCAAAUCGCUGCACCUUUACAGUAGGUCCUCCGGUGUUUUGAAAGGAUUUCACAGCGAUGGAGAACAUUUACUGUGGAGCAAAUAUUCCUCCAGUUGAAGAUAAAACGCAAAUAUGAAGGUUUUACAUCAUACUGGUUUAAAUGCUACCAAAUGUUUACUUUAAAAACAGGAGGACUGCUGCACAAUUGAAUACCUAUAUGACUUGGUCUGACCUGUGCCUUAAAUAAGUGGUCUUGUGAAUGCUUUUCCUUUGUAACAAGUCUUUUAAUAUGCUUGAAAAUAAAAAAAAAAUUGAGUUUCUACAUGUAAAGUGCACUGUUUACAUUUAUGUAGCAGGAAACAUGUUUUCUACUGUUUGAUAAUAAAAGCUUUGGCAUACAGUAUG